UUCUCUUGUUGUUGUUGUUGUUGUUGAAGAUGGGAAGAAGUAGGCUUGUGGUGUCGGAUUUUGUUAUGUCUUUCAUGUGGGUAUGGUCUGGUGUUCUGGUUCGGAUUUUUGUCUUCAAAAUUCUGGGGUUGGGUCAUGGUAACGGUCAUCUCGGUGAGUUUCUGAAGGCUGCGUUCUCCGUCGCCAACAUGUUCUUCUUUGCGUUCCUUUCCAAGGUUACCCGUGGUGGGGCCUACAAUCCCCUUACCGUCUUUGCUGAUGCUAUCUCUGCUGAUUUCAACAAUUUCCUUUUCUGUGUUGGUGCCAGAAUUCCCGCUCAGGUGGUUGGAUCUAUUGUUGGAGUUAAGCUUAUUAUUGACACGGUUCCUGAAGUAGGACGGGGACCAAGUUUGAAUAUUGACAUUCAUCGUGGUGCAUUGACAGAAGGAUUACUAACAUUUGCAAUUGUAACCAUUUCACUUGGUCUUGCCAUAAAAGUUCGUGAAAGUUUCUUCAUGAAGACUUGGAUCUCCAGCCUCUCCAAGCUAACACUUCAUAUACUUGGUUCUGAUCUGACUGGAGGUUGUAUGAACCCUGCGUCAGUGAUGGGAUGGGCUUAUGCUCGAGGGGAUCACAUAACAAAGGAGCACAUCCUUGUAUACUGGCUUGCCCCCAUAAAGGCAACUAUUUUGGCAGUGUGGACAUUCAAAUUGCUAUUGAGGCCUGUAAAAGAAGAUAAAACGGGCUCAAAAAGUAAAUCGGAUUGAAGAAACUCCAUUUUGUGUGAAAUGUCUGUUUCUAUCUCGCAUUCAAUCAUUGAUCACAGUGUGUUAUAUUAUGAACUAUUGGUUUUUGUGUACUAUUUCGUUCCCUACCAAUUGUCUUGUUUGAGUUCUUGCACGUCUCGUGCAUGCUCAUGCAUGACUCAUGCAUUGUACUUUCCACCAUAAUUUAUACAAGUAACAUAUUACACUACAUUUUCUAUC